UGUGUCCCCGCUAGCUGCGUCUCCGCUAGCACAGUCAUUUACUCCGCCACUAGCUCCAUUUUCACCUCAGCUAUCACUCCAGCCAUUAACUCAGUCUGCUAUUCAGCCUCCUACAUUGCCAUUAGCCCAGUCCGCUAAUCGGUGCUCGGUUCAACCUUUGGUUCGGCCACUUGUUCAGUCCAUCGCUCAUAUGCCUAUUCAGUUCCGAGCUCUGUCUCCUGCGUCGCCACCAGUUCAGUUCCCCGUAGCACUUCGGCCUCCCUCAGUUCGGUCUGCCACUCAGUUGCCCUUAGCCCCAUCAUCCACACUACCACCUGCUUCUCUUCCAUCACAAUCAUCACUACACUCAGCCAUCCAGGCUACCACUCAGUCAGUCAUUCACUCUAUAGCCCUGCCAUUAAUGCACUCUAUAGCUGAGCCAUUAGCCGCCCGGCCCGCAGCCAAUUCAGCCACCCUUCCACCCGUUACACCUCCACCACAACCGUCACUGCAGUCCCCGGUUCGGUUUCCUGCAGCUCCAGUGUCCCCAGUGCCGUCUCCAGUGUCCCCAGUGCCGUCUCCCUUAGCACGGUCAUCCACUCAACCACCAGCUCCUCUUUCCCUCCAACCGUCACAACUACCUCUAGUUCAGUCUCCUGUGCUGUCACCAACUCCACCACCUACUCCACUCUCACCACCACCGUUACUACAGACAUCAGUUCAGUCCCCUGUGCAGUCAUCUACUUCACCACCAUUAGUAGCUCAGCUCGCACCUGAACCAUUAGCCCAGCCCCCUGUAGCAGUUCAGUCUUGUGGUCGGCUUAACAUUCAGCCAGGGGUCCCAAUACCCUCUGGCUCUACAUCAGCUCCCGCUGGAAGCUCGGAUGAGUCCAUCCAGCACUCCGCGGCUCCCACGCCGCCACCUGCCGUCUCCGCUGGAGGGUCCGAGGGGCCCGUCCAGCCUCCUGCCUCCGCUGGAGGGUCCGAGGGGCCCGUCCAGCCAUCUGCCUCCGCUGGAGGGUCCGAGGGGCCUGUCCAGCCAUCCUCAGCCUCCACGUCUGCAGCAGCCUCCGAGUCUCCAUCCUCAUCAGCUGCAUCACCCACGCCGUCGCCUGCAGCACCUUCGAGCCUUCAGCCUCAUCUUCGGCUUCGCCGCCCAUGCCUGGUCCAGCCUCUGCUUCGGCUUCAACGUCGCCUGGUCCUGUGGCUGCCACGCCACCGUCUGGUCCAGCUCCGUCACCUGUGGCUGCCACUCCCCCGUCUGGUCCUGCCUCGUCUGGUCCUACGCCCACCAAGCCUCGACCAGUACGCCCAACGCUUGAGAGCCGCCGCCGUCUUCCACGCGGCCGGCCUCCGGACUUGUGUCGCCCUCGCCGCUGCCUUCCGCGCGGCCGGUCUCCGGAUCUGCUCCAUCGCCGCCGCUGUCUUCCGUGUGGCCGGCCUCCAGAUCUCCUUCAACUGCUUCACCGCCACUGCUUUCCAUGUGGUUGGCCUCCCGCGAUGA